GCCCCUGCCCUGAGUUGCUGUGGUCCCUUGUUCCCGGUGCAGAAGUUCAUCCCUUGAAGUUAUGUGCUUGACCUGGAAGGACUGCAGUGCCAGCACCCUGAGGACCCUGUGAACUGGAAAGGGAGAGGAGCCCGCUGGCAGGUGGAAUGGGGCAGCCAUGAACGGCGAUGCCCUGUGCCAGGAGCCCUCCUCCCCGCUCCCCGACUGGAGGGAGUUCUGUGAGCUGCAUGCUCAGGCUGCUGCUGUUGACUUCGCCCAGAAGUUCUGCCAGUUCCUGAAGGAGAACCCUCACUACGACACCCCUGGCGCUGAGGCUUCCUUCUCACACCACUUCGCUGCCAACUUCCUGGACAUCUUCAGCCUGGAGGUCAGCCGGGUGUUCGUGUCCGACUCACCCACCAAGUACAACAUCGUGCCCUUCGUGGGGCUGCAGAACUGCCACGUCCCCUACGGGCGCGAGGUCGUGCCCAGGAAGGAGGAGACGUCCACGGAGUCCCUGGACAGCAUGGACACCCCGAUGGGUGCUGGCCGGUACCUGAGCCCCGCACAGCAGGUACAGGCACGCAAGGUGUCCUCCUAUGGCCAGUCCCGCAGCUCGGAGGACGUCUCCAUCCACGCUGCCGCCAAGCCCAAGUUCAAGAAAGGCUUUUCCUUGAGGAACAUGAGCCUGUGUGUGGUGGAUGGCAUGAAGGAGAUGUGGCACCGCAAGUCCUCUCCGGAGCCAGGCACCGAGGCUGCUCCCAGCGGCCGGAGAGCGGAGAGGGAGCCGUGGCCGGCGGGGGGCAAGGAACCCGGGGACCCCCGGGAGAAAUGGACCCACAAGCUGCGCCUGUCCAAGGUGCCCUCCUCCAAGGUGGAGCUGGUGGACAUCCAGAGGGAGGGGAUGCUGCGAUACAUGGUGGCCGAUGACACGAACUGUGUGGGGAGCUCGCAGUGGCAGAAGUGUCGCCUCCUGCUGCGGAAGGCAGUGAAGGUGGAAGGAGAGAGAUUCCUGCUUGAGUUUUAUGUCCCUCCAAAGGCUUCCAAACCCAAGGUGAGCAUCCCGCUGUCGGCCAUCAUUGAGGUCCGCACCACCAUGCCGCUGGAGAUGCCUGACAAAGACAACACCUUCGUCCUGAAGGUGGAGAACGGGGCUGAGUACAUCCUGGAGACCAUCGACUCGCUGCAGAAGCACUCCUGGGUGGCAGAUAUCCAGGACUGCAUCGACCCUGGGGAUAGCGGGGACGACAUCGAGCUGGCAUCCUGCGUGCAGGGAGCCUGUCUGCCGGGCAGGGUGUCCUGCAGCUGCGAGUUCCUGGCUGAUGAUGUGCCCAGGCCUCCAGACAGAUGUGCCCUGCCCGGGGCUCACACCACCACCACCACGGCCCCUGCUGUCCCUGCACCCCAUGGCCGGGGCAGGGACUCCUUGGGGGAGCUCCUGGCACACGUCCCACUGGAGAGCUUCCUGCAGACACUGGAGUCCUCCCCCAGCAGCCACCUCACAGGGGAGGACAGUGAGGCGGAAGCAGAGAUCAACCUCUCGGCCUUCCCCUGGUUCCAUGGGACACUGUCACGGAUCAAGGCGGCUCAGCUGGUGCUGCUGGGGGGUGCCCGGAGCCACGGCUUGUUUGUCAUCCGGCAGAGUGAGACGCGGCCUGGGGAGUACGUGCUCACCUUCAACUUCCAGGGGAAAGCCAAGCACCUCCGCCUGUCACUGAACGAGAGUGGGCAGUGCCACGUGCAGCACCUCUGGUUCCAGACCAUCUUCGACAUGCUGCGCCACUUCCACACACAUCCCAUCCCUCUGGAGUCGGGUGGUGCGGCUGACAUCACCCUCCGCAGCUACGUCGUGGCCCAGAGCCCACUGCCUGACGCUGGCCCCCCACCAGCCCUUGUGUCCCAGCCGCCAGGGUGCCGGCUCGACCUGCCACCUCCACACUACCUGUGCAGCACAGCACCCAGCGGCCCCCCGGCCCCACCGCCUGCCGAAGGGGUGGCCGUGGCCCCCACUGCCGCCGUCCCUGCUCCCUACCACCGCCUGGAGGGUGCCCUGGGCCCCCGGAGCCGCAGUGACAGCCUGGAGCGCCGGCCGGAGCCCCCUGCCACCAGUGCUGAGGACUACCAUGAUGCUGACAGUGCCCGGAGCCGGACCCGGGCCGUGGAAAACCAGUACUCCUUCUACUGAGCCUCCCCCUGCCCUGGGGCUGGAUGGUGGGGGGGAAGCGGGGUACCUGCAGCCCUCAUUGCUGCACCAGCCUCGCCACCUC